AGAAGCGGCGAGGCGGACGAGCGUCCGGAGACUGCGGCGACGCGCUUGACCGAGAAGCGACGGCGGCGGCGACUCUCGAUCGGCCGAGAGAGGAGGUGGCGAGAUCCCGACGAAGAUGAUGUUCGGUAGGAUCAGACGAGAGGAGGUCUUCUCCGGCAAUGGCUGAUCGCCGCGAUGCCCGCGGCGUAUAAGCCGCUCUAUCGCGCGGACGACGACGACAACAUCAUCAUCAUCAUCAUCAUCAAAGUGUUCGCACAGCAGCCGAAUCCGGGAUCUACGCGUCCGUGAUCGCGAUCGUGACGAGCGAACGAGGAACGUGUACGGAGGAUGAAGGGACGGUCCCUCGUAAACGAGGAAUCGUUGCGUUGUCGCGAGUGAGUCGCGAGCGGUGUCGAGAAGUGUGAGCCAAGCUGCAGCGAGCGCGGCGAAACGCGCGUCGAGGGAGAAAGAGAGAGAGAGAGAGAGAGAGAGAGCGGGAGAGUCAAGUGGACGCGCGUCACUUCCGUAAACAAUCAUGAGCAAGGGUGAGUGAACGUCGACCCGCGUAGUGCCCCGAUCGGACGAAUCGGAUUUUCAGUGGAAGAAGUUUGCGUGAUCAGACGAACUAUUCAGACUCCGCGAAGCCGCAAAGUUUAAUAUUCGCGUCUUGGACUAUUGUGACGAUCGUUCGAGAUAACGAUACUGUGAAGACGUGGUGAACAGUUGCCGAAUGUUAGACGAGAGGAUCAAUGAAGACUGACUCGAUCCUCUCGAGACAAUAGUAAGGUGACAGUGAAGAGCGCGUGGCAAGUGAAAAAGGACCGAUCAGGAUCAGACUGCUCCGUGAUCAAGUGAGUUUAUCACUUUUCCUAUUUUUCUUUCCUUUCAUCCUUAAAUUUUCACGAUUAAGACACAGUUUAUAUUCGCCAAAUGAAACGUCAAGGACCAAAUUGAUCGACGUACAUGGAUCCUUAGCGCUUUUGACAAGCUCUCGAAGGGGAUUCGGUCAGCGUUGGUCAGACUCAAUAAAAUAUACUCUCAGUGCGACAUGAGACAUGAAAUGCAACGCGCUCGUUUCAGCCGGACGAAAAUCGGCAUCUCGAUCCCGAUCAACCGCGAUUCGCUAGUAUUCUUGACAUUAUCGUGCGCGAUCUUGGACCCCUUGUACCAAAUAACCGGGUUCGCACUGUAAUUCACAUCCGAAUCGUGGAAAAGUCGUCGGUUUCGAAAAACAGCCCGAUUCGACACGCUCGGGGUAACAUCGAAUCCAGUGUCUAGACGGCAGAGGGACGGCAGAAGGACGAGGAAACGAAAGAGGAGGACGAGGACGAGAAGGUGGAAGAGAAGGAGGCGGGGGUGGAGGUGACGAGAAGAGAGCGGGCAGCGCCAAGGAGGAGGAAGAAACUUCCUCGGCGCGCGGUCGUACGAAAACACGGGCGCGAAACGUGCGUUUGUAAUUUGGCGUGGCUGCCUUCGAGGAUGAGCGACGGCGGUCAUGCCGUGUAAUUCGAAGGUGUACCACGCCACCGUCGCAUCGUGCACGAUCGUCGCCGUCGUCGUCAUCGCCGCCACCGCCGCCGCCGCCGCCACCACCACCGCCGUCAUCGCCGUCGUCGUCGUGGUGAAGCUGAGAUUGAGACACGGCAGAGUCGCAGAGACACCGCCGGAAAGAUGAGCUCGAUCGACUUCGACGAGGUGCUGGUACACGUGGGAGAGAAGGGCCGAUACCAGAACAUCAUGUACUACUUGCUGUGCAUACCCGCCACCCUACCGGCCGCCUUCCUGGCGUUCUCGCAAGUGUUCGUGAGUGCCUCGCCAGAACACUGGUGCAGGAUACCGGAGUUGGAGAACCUGACGGAUCUGAUGUCGUUGGAGGAGAGGAAGGCGCUCUCGCUGCCCUACACGGUCAAGCCCGACGGCAGGAGGAUCUACUCCAAGUGUCACAUGUACGACGUGAAUUACACGGAGAUAAUUGAUUCGUGGCUGCGAUACGCCGACGAUCUGCAGAACGCCACCGACGACACGUUGCCGUCGACCACGACGUUUCGUCCGUCAACGAGCCGAUCGCCGCCGGUCAGCAGCCCCGACUGGCCGACCACCAAGUGCCGAUACGGGUGGAACUACGACACCAGGGACUACGACAGUACCCUUGUGACCGAGCUAGAUCUGGUAUGUGACAACAGCUGGUGGCCUUCCACGUCGACGACUUUCUUCUACGUGGGCAGUCUCUUCGGCAAUGUCGUGUUCGGUUGGAUCGCCGACAAAUGGGGCCGAAGAACAGCCUUCUUCGCCAUCCUGUUCCUCGAGGUGAUAUUCUCCAUCGCCACGAGCUUCAGUCCGAAUUACGUGAUCUACACCGCGCUGAGGACUGUGAAUGGUCUCUUUUUUCCUGCCAUUUAUCAGAUACCUUUUAUACUUGGUAAGUUGAUCACGCGUAAUUUACAAGCUGUUUAAUCAUCAAAUUUUAAGCAAAAAUAUACAUGACCAUACAUGUACUACAACACAAAAGUUCAAGAAAUAUUUAUAAUCUACUUUGGACAAUCUUUAAUUUGCAACAAAAUUUGAGAUAAACUUGUAGAGAAAUUUUAUCU